UGCGGUUCACACAAAAGGGUCGAGUACCCAGACCGAACUCAGCGCAUAGAAAUGCUAAUACGGCAGGACAUCCAAGUACAAUUAUGCAGGCAACCAAAUGCCCUUGACCCGCUGCGUUAUUUGUUGUUGACAAAAAGACUUGCUGUUGUGUUUAAUUUGGGGGAAUUGCCAUAAUUCGCGGCUAGCUUCAGCUUCUGGUUGAAUCGAGUCCUUUUGACAGCCAAGCAACCCGACUCUGUUCGCAGUAAAACACGGCUCGGACAACCUCACCUUGGUUUUGAUAGUUGAUCUAAGCUGUUUAUAAGAAAGAUUAUACUUUGCGAGCUCGAGAUUCAUUGCCCAUAUGACAUAGAACGAUGGAGUUGAAAGUGUUUUCUGUUCUAUGCAUGGUUCUUGUGGUGGUGUUCUGCGAUGACCCUCCCGUGGUCACGACCAGCCAGGGCCGGAUCACCGGCACCACCCUGCAAUUCCGCCCCGUGGUCCACCCCGAGCUGGCCCGGGAUGUAGACGCCUACCUCGGUAUACCGUACGCCGAGCCACCCGUCGGUCCACUACGCUUCAAAGCCCCCGUAGCAAAGUCAUGGAGUGGCGAGCUGAAAGCCACGAAGCUCGGAAACCGAUGUCCACAACCUAAAGUUCCUUUCGGUCUUAACCUUGUCAUCAGUGGACCCUUUGAUGAGGACUGUCUCACCAUUGAUGUCUUUGUUCCCCGGCCGGCGCCACAUAAAGCCGCUGUUAUCCUGUCCGUACACGGAGGCGGGUACAUACUCGGGGCUGGAACGAUGGAGGAGAUUAUGCCCUCUCCCCUCGUUGCCGUAGGUGGCGUCAUCGUAGUCGCUUUCAACUAUCGUAUUGGAGCGCUGGGGUUUCUUUCAACAAAUGAUGACGUCAUUCCUGGUAACAUGGGGAUGCUGGAUCAGAAGCUCGCAAUGGAAUGGGUUCGAGAUAACAUUGAAGCAUUUGGAGGUGACCCCAAUCGAGUCACCAUCGCUGGGGUGAGCGCCGGUUCGUCCAGCGUGGGAUUACACAUGGUCUCACCAGCCAGCGCCGGGCUCUUCCGCGGAGCGAUCAUGGAGAGUGGUUCGGGCUCCGCAUAUUGGGCCUCGAUGUCUUCGGAGAAGGCUCGCGGGCGGGCCUUCGCUCUGGGGAAACUGGUCGGCUGCGAGCAGGAAACCUCACAGGAGCUACUAGAAUGUUUACAGAGAGUUGAAAAUGGUGACAUCUUCGUCGAAAAUCAACACCUAAAGCUGAGCGAGGCAUUGGGGGAGAUGGGUUUCACCUUCUUCUAUCCUGUGUACGACGACGGAACUUUCUUAACCGAAGCAGUCCCCGACCUGUAUGCGAAGGGCGCCAUCAACGACGCAGCGUCAAUAAUCGGGGCGAACGCCGACGAGGGUAUGUUCAGCGUCAUGAGUUUCCUUCCCAACUUCAACCACGAGGAAGCACCGUUUAUCGAUGCAGCAACGUACGCUGCACUGCAACCCAUGUGUACGUACGCGUUUAGCACCGAGCCCAUCGUCAACAAGGCGGUUAACAUGAUGUACACCGACGCCACGUGCGCGGAUAGGAAAGACUGCAACUAUCUUCAGAGCUUGUCGCAGUUGUGCGGCGACUUAAUGUUCGUCUGCCCUGCUGACUACUCAGCGAGGGCUCUCGUCAAUGCAGGGCGUAAGGUGUACCGCUACCACAUGACUCACCAUCCGGCUAACCCUGUCCUCGGGCCGGCAUGGACGGGGGCCAACCACGGAGAAGAGAUGACGUAUGUCUACGGCGUGCCUCUGGUUCCCUCCGAUAAGAUUAAGUUCCCGGAUGAGGAGAUGCGUAUGUCACUGCGCAUGAUCAGGUACUGGUCCAACUUUGCAAAGACUGGCGACCCCAACCUGUCUUCCCUGGACGCUGCCCUGACAGACGAAGAGAAAAAGACAGAAUGGCCACUUUUCACCGUUGAGGGACUCGAAUAUAAAGAACUGACACCAGAGAUGCAGAAUGGGCGCGGCUUCAAGGCUCAAGAGUGCCGCUUUUGGAACGACUUCAUUCCUGAACUUCUCGAAACAAUAGAGGAAGCAAAGAAGGGCCGAGCGGGUUCCUCCAGCUACGGUGACGGCUUUGGCAGCGAGACAUGUACGGAGGAGACGUGCCCAGAAGACUGAAAUAAAGUUCGAGUUUGAGAUAAAAAAAAAAUAAUAAUAGUGGCAUCUUAUAGGCUAUAGCGCUCAUAUCCGUCACUUAGUGAUGCUAAGGGCCCAAUUUCAUAGCGCUGCUUAGCGGCCGAAAUACGCCAAGGCUUAAGCAAUUUGUUUUGCUACAGUACGCACGCAAAUUAGCUUACCGUUAAGCAGCGCUAUGAAAUUGGGCCCAGGGCGCUUCAACAUUAAGCGAGGUCAAAUGUGAUUAUGAAUGGGGAUUUACGUAUAGGCUCAAGGCAGAUCUCUGGCGUAUUAACGAGAUUUGUAGUGUAACGUCAUUAUGUCCAGGCUUAGCUGGGAGAGAGCAUUUUUUCUCGCCGCACGGUGGCGCACUUUUGCUGAAAUGUCAUAUGAGCCUACACAGAAAAAUGUUUCAGAAAAUCUUCCCGUCAGACACCAUUAAAUAUAGUUUAGAUAAUACUUAACAUAAACUUGUGUUGCUUUUGUACUAUCGAGGGGAGGGAGGUAGGGAUGGGUGGGGUGGGGGUUGCGAAGAAGGGAAUGUCCCGGGCGUUUUGUCCUUAAGUUUGGUUUCAUUUCGUGGUAUUUUAUUUCGUCGAGUGUCUGUACAUAAUUUUGUUUACUUUUAAUGGCGAUUUGUCGUUGAAAGUUCACUCACGGUCUAUAUAUCUGGAAAUGCUCUGUACAUGUUUAUUGAAAUUAAAAUUAAUGAUCAGUUGGACAGAAA